AGUUCUUUUAGAUCUUUCAGUGGCCUUCAUUAUUAGUGACCUUGAUACACCUCUUGACUGACUAUAGUAAUUGGGAAUUGGUGGUACUGUUGUGUAGUAGUUCUGCUCUUUCAAUGAAUGGUUCUACUUGGUGAUAAGAGAGAAAAGGCUGGCUUGGUGGCUUUACAAGUAGGAUAUAUUACACCUUCACUUUGAAUCCUACACUGGCUUCCACUAUAGACUUCCAAUUUAAAGUGCUGGUUUGAACCUAUAAGGCCCAAGGCUUAGCACCAAGUUUUUUUUUCAGGACUGCUUUUGUCCAUUAGAAUCAGCCUCAUGAAUUAAAUCUUGCUGGGUAAACAGCUGGUAAAUUCUCAUUUUGAUACAAUGAUGAGGCAGGCUAGACUUAGAAUUGCCACUGUAAUUUUCCGUAGAUGCACCAGUCCUCUAGAUUAGAAUGUCCUCUCAUAAAGAGAUUGGCUUAGUUCCUACCCAAACUGCUUUCUCAAAUCAUUUGAAAAGAGGACUUCCGAAGAGUGUUUGGGAUUUUGGUUUACUGCAUAUGUUUUUAGUAGUAAUAGUGUGUAUGUGUGUGCACGCGCGCAUCUGAAUACUAACCAUGAUAUUUUAAUUGUUAUUGUAUUCCUGAAAGCUGUUGUGGGAAGCCCCCCUCCCCGCCAGAAGAAUGAAAUAUUUUGGUAAAUAUUAAAAAAGUAGAAUAUCAUAUUUCCCUAAAGGAGACACGGAAAAACAUGUUUUUAGAGGCAGAAAGCAGCCCCCAGCCUUUCCUAAUAACCCACAGCAGAUGCCAGCACUUAAGGAGAUAAAGAGCUUAUUGAAACUGGAACUGAAUCAGAUGAGUUUUCCUUUCAACACUAUUUAGAGUCUGCAAGAUUUUGGUCAGUAUUAAAUAAAUAAAUACAUGAGCAUGCUGUAAUGAACCACAAUAUUGUGUUUAAGAUUGGUUGGUAUUCAUUCCUGUAUGGUCAAGUAUAUAUUUUAAGGGAGAUAUAAGAUCCAUUUUAGUCAAUGUGAAUUAAACUAGAUAUAAUUACUGCUGUUAUUGAAGGGAAAAAGAACAGAAAACAAGCAGCAAGACCCUUAAUUCUUCAUAGUACUGAGUAAAUGUUUACACAGAGUUCUGAUCAAGCCUUUUCAUUCCCUAAAGUGCAGUGCCCAGAUUAUGGAAUACUUGUUGAAACACACACCUUGAUGUAACCAGUACAAGGAAAGCAGACUUGAAUUACUGCAGCAAAUCACAAGUGCACAGUCCUGGCUAGGAUAUGGAAACAAUUGUAAAAUGUGGAAUAUUGCAACUUAAAUACCUAUAGGAUUUAUGAUUACAGUGUUAAAUAAUACUUGGAAUUCAAUAUGUGAUUUAAAAAACAACAUCCAAAAUUCUGUAUAAAUCAGAAAUGACAUCAAGGAAUAUGCUGUCCAAUCAAAACAGACUACGCACUUCAGAGCUUUUAGAGCUGCAUGUAUUUUAUGUUCCAGAAGAAGUAUGGAAUUUCAAAUUGAAUACAGUUUCUAUAGAAGUUAUUAGCAAAUUAUUUUCAGCUGGAUUUAUAAGGGUGUCACCUCAUAUGACAUUGAAAACAUUAAGAGAAAACCUUGGAGAGUACCUAGGUGAAGAUGCAGUUAUAGAUAAGUAUGUCUUUCUAAAAUGCAUUGGAGAGAAACUUGUGGUGGUGAAAGCAAAACAAGAGAUGGAACUGGAGCUGAAAUCAUUUGCUCCUCCGUAUGCAUUUCAUCCAGAACUUUAUUUGUUACCAGGAAUAGAAAAUAUUUAUUCAUCUUUGUCACCCACUCCAGAGAAACACCAAAAUAAUCCAGAAUAUGUGCUUACAUCUGUAUCAUAUGAAAGACCGCAUAGUUUAAUUUCUCCAAAUCCUGAUAUUUAUCCAAACUCAACAAUGUUGGAUAGCUCCUUCAAAAACAAUCUCAGUCAAACUUGGGAAAAAGCUGGUCUUGGUGAGAGGAAUGAAAAGGAAAUUUUUCCAGUUCUACAUAAAAAGCAAAGCUCUGAGCAAGAAAAGAAUCAAAUUAUUCAAGGAAAAAGUAGUUCACAACAAAGGAAAGGCAAAAUCAGUUGUAACAUUGACAAAACAGAAUCUGCUCCAUCAAAACAGCAUCCUACAAAGAAAUCAGCAGCAGUGAAAAUGUAUCAGAAAAACACUGAUUCUUCACCCCCAGAAAUGCAUAAUAUUCCAGGAAAGGAUGAAAAAUACAGAAAGACAGUUGCAUCUCCAAAGAUAGAUCAGAACCAUGAAAAGGAGGAAAACAACCAGUUUCCACUAAGUCACAUCUCACAGAAGACAAAAGAAGAGGUUUCUCUCAUGUUGGACACAAAUGCAGAAAAUGGAGGGAAUUUGACAGGGAUUGGAAAUGGAAGGCAUACUAUUACUGCUGAUUCUGGAAUCUCAAAAUCCUUGGAAGACCGAGACAUAACAUACUCACCCAAGAAGAGGAACCAACAACAUCCUGGAAUGACCAAGACUGCUGCUGUGCAGAAUAAUCAGGCUGAUGGGAAUAACCUAAAUGACUCUGCAUAUCCUAGUCACUAUCUUUCCCCUCCUACUCCACCUCUUCUGGCUGUCUCAGUAAAUAGAGCUCAACUUCCUCACAAAGAUUUCCCAACAGAAGGAAAUCAAUUACAUAAGCAACUGAAACAUAUUAAAAUAGAAAGAAGACACCUGGAAAACACUAGAGCAGAACUGGUUAAAAAAGUGAAAAACCUGAUUGAACAACACAAGCUCAGGAGAUGCCGUGUCCGUGAUUACUGGAAAAAAAAAUAUUUUGAAAUGAAGAAGGUCACAGUUUUCUCAGAGGAAGCUUUAAAUAAAUUACAGGAAAAUUUAGAACUACACCAUCAAAAAUUAAUGAGGCAGCUGGAAGCUAGAGACACCAAGAAAAAACGAAAUAAUUUAACACAAACCACCAAUUCAAAGAAUAAUGUAAUAAUCCAGAUUACAACCCUGGAGCGGGAAAUUGACCAGCUAAAGAGAAAGUUAGACAAUGUCAAAAUGAAACUUGUCAUAGAAAUCAAGAUGAAAAAACAAGCAACUUCUGAUUUACAAGCGCUGAAGGCAGAACUGGUGCACAAGAAGGUUCAGUCAUCUUUAAGAUUUCUGUCUGGAAAGCAAAUAUUUUAGUUAACCUUUUUAAUGAAAUUCUUCAGUCUGUAACGAUUCAAAACCUAGUUUUGAUCAAAUUUUGAUUAACAUAACAACACUUGUAUGUAAUGAAAAGCUGUUCACUGCUAAACCACUCACUCAUUGUGUCAGCUAACUAUUGUAUGCUGUUUUGACUGAAGGCUCUCUCCUCCUUCAGCUCUAAACUAUGUCAAACUGAAUUCAAAUUAGAAUACCCAAAGGUACAAUCAAUCCCACACCCAAAUACAAUUCAGGCUUGACACAUUGGUUCUAUUCUGAUGUAGCAAUAGUUCUGCAAACCAGCAAUAGCAAGCUCGGAGGGAAGAACCCCAGUUGCAUCCAUUGCAACAGCAUCGUUGAUGGAGGGAGAAAGCCUCACAGUUAAAUAUUUGGAAGGAGUACAUCCUGGGGAAUGGUGAAGAAUGCCUAGAUUGAUUUCAAGCCCUUAUCCUCCAUUGUCUAUCAUCUCUUGGGGUAGAAGGACUUUUAUCUAUUUAACAGAAUAGUUUGCUAUAACUAUAGCACACCUGGGUUGAGAAGAACAACAACUAUCCAAAGAUAGAAUUAUUGCUCAGUA